AUGCCUGGUUUUGAAAGGAGUCGAGUGGUCGGUGUAUCCGAUGAGGAAUUGGAUGAAUUCAUAUGUGGUAUAUGUCUGAAAGUGUUUGUCAAUCCAGUGGUCAUCCAAUGCUGUCAACAAUCCUAUUGCAGUGAAUGUAUCCAUAAUUGGCUCUCAAAUAACAAUACCUGUCCUAAUGAUCGCAAAGAGUUGAGUGUUGGAGAUGUUGGUCGGGCGCCUAGACUUGUCUACAACUUAUUGAACAAAAUGCAAGUUAAAUGCGAUUUUUAUGCCAUGGGCUGCGAAUCAGUGUGUAAGUCAUGUGAACUGGACGUCGAUGGCAACGGUGACUACAACUGUAUUGAGAGUCUAUUGAUUAUGAAUAAAAACUUUUGUGAAGAAAUUAAAAUAUUGAAAGCUGAUAAGCAAAAUUUGUUACUGAGUAUGACCGAGGUGAUUAACAUGGCUCGCGUUGACCUGGAUAACUGUGAGGUCAAGUCACAGAGAAUGUCAGCGACUGAAGUGGACGUAUGUGUGGGGAGUGUCCAAAGAGGCCAUCAGGAGGUGUAA